UGAUCAACAGCGUCCCAUGUCCAUUUCGGGAAAAACGACUUGGCAGCAUUUAGAAAUUUUCAUUAAGAUCUUAAAGUUACCAUCAAACCCUAAGCCAUAUAUAGAAUCCAUUAUUAUAAAGAAUGAAGUAAUCAUCAAUUUGUGGGAUAAUGAAUCUACUUCUAAAAUAAAUAAGAUAGAAAGUCUUUUAGCUACCGAAAUGGUCGAAAGAUCUCCGAAAGUAAAAGGUAUCCCGUGCAAGGAGUUUAAAUUAAUAGAUCACAUAAUAAAUGGAAGUACGUGCCAAGUUCAAAAGGCUAUGUGGAAUAUCGAAGAUAAUAAGAUAUAUAUUACUUUAAAAUUCAUUGAAGAGAAGCUGGAUGAAACCAAGCAUCAGGAAAUAAUUGGCGAGCAGCUUAAAGUUUAUUAUACAGUUAAUGCAAAAGAUAACCACGAAGAUGUCAUAAAAUUUUAUGGCUCGUGCAACCGAUGGAUCCGUGAUAAUUCUAGAGUAUAUCGAGAAUCCUAG